UGGUCGACAAUGGCUGUCAGUCAGAGCCACCAACGCCAAGGUUCCUCUCCUUUGUUUACUGCAAACAUCCCAGCACUACCAAGGGCCACGAAUGAGCCCUGCAAACAUCCGACAAUCCCCAAGAGAAGAGACCAAGCUGCGAAUCCCCAGUCGCAGGCGAGCAAGAGCACAGCACCUAGCAACCGAAGUUAAGCUUGGGGAUCCAUCAUCCAUGGAGAUGGCAGGCGCCGUCGGAACGGAAUCGUGGCUGCCGUGUGACACCACGGUGGCGUCCUGCGUCGUCGGCGUCAUCUUCUUCCUGCUGUACUUCUACGCGCCACACUGGGGUGUCAGGGACGUGCCGGCGCCGCCGGCCUUGCCCGUCGUGGGGCACCUGCCGCUGCUCGCCCGCCACGGCCCUGACGUCUUCUGCCUCCUCGCCAAGAAAUACGGCCCAAUCUUCCGGUUCCAUUUGGGGAGGCAGCCCCUGGUGAUCGUCGCUGACCCGGAGCUCUGCAGGGAGGUCGGCGUCCGGCAGUUCAAGAGCAUCCCCAACAGGAGCUUGCCGGCGCCGAUCGCCGGCUCCCCUCUCCAUCAGAAGGGGCUCUUCUUCACUAGGGAUGAACGGUGGUCGGCGAUGAGGAACACGAUCAUCUCGCUGUACCAGCCGUCGCACCUCGCCGGCCUCAUCCCCACCAUGCAGCGCUGCAUCGAGCGCGCCGCGGACGCCAUCCCGGCGGCGGCGGCUCAGGAGCACGGCGACGUGGACCUCUCGGACCUCUCCCUCAAGCUGGCCACCGACGUCAUCGGGCAGGCGGCGUUCGGCGUCGACUUCGGCCUCACGGUGACGAGCGGCGGCUGCGAGGCCGCGGAGUUCGUCAGGGAGCACGUCCACUCCACCACCACCCUCAGGAUGGACCUGUCCGCGCCGCUCUCCGUCGCGCUCGGCCUCGUCGCGCCGGCGCUGCAGGGGUCGGCGCGGCGCCUGCUGCGCCGCGUCCCGGGGACGGCCGACUGGAGGGUCGCCCGGACCAACGAUCGUCUGCGCGCGCGCGUCGACGAGAUCGUGGCGGCGCGCCACCGUGAACGCGGCCGCGAUGGCGACGGCGAGGGGGCGAGGAGGGACUUCCUGUCGGCGGUGCUCGACGCGCGGGACCGCAGCGCGGCGCUGCGGGAGCUCCUGACGCCGGAGCACGUGAGCGCGCUCACCUACGAGCACCUCCUCGCCGGGUCGGCCACCACGGCGUUCACGCUGUCCUCCGCCGUGUACCUCGUCGCCGGCCACCCGGAGGUCGAGGCCAAGCUGCUCGCGGAGGUCGAUGCGUUCGGGCCGCCUGGCACCGUGCCGACCGCCGACGAGCUGCAGCACAGGUUCCCAUACCUUGAUCAGGUGAUAAAGGAGGCGAUGAGAUUUUACACCGUCUCGCCACUGAUCGCCAGGGUGACGUCACAACAGGUGGAGCUCGGAGGCUACAAGCUCCCAAAGGGCACGUGGCUGUGGAUGGCGCCGGGCGUCCUGGCCCGCGACGCCGCCAGCUUCACGGACCCCGGCACGUUCCGGCCGGAGCGGUUCGACCUGGCAGGCGAGGAGCAGCGGCGGCGGCACCCGUGCGCGCACAUCCCCUUCGGCGUCGGCCCGCGGGCGUGCGUCGGGCAGCGGUUCGCGCUGCAGGAGGUGAAGCUGUCCGUGGUGCACCUGUACCAGCGCUUCGUCUUCCGGCGGUCGCCACGGAUGGAGUCGCCGCCCGAGCUCCAGUUCGGGAUCGUCCUCAGCUUCAGGCACGGCGUCAAGCUCGUCGCCGUCGAACGGCGCGUCGGCACCGCCUAGGCUUGUGCACUGAAUACUGACGAUGGGUGAUGGCAAGCCCCGGCCACGGCCUGGCAGCCUGGAGCUUCCGUGCUUGGAGUUAGGCAACGUGGCAGGCUAGCUAGGCACAUGAAGGCAUGGCGCCACGGCCUUGCCUCUCUGCUCGGGAGAUGAAUUCACCUCCAUGGAUUUCCAACGCAAGCUCACAAGCAGCAUCUCACCAAAAACUUCAUCGGCAUUGCACGGAUGGUAAUUUCAUCUGUGCGAACCAGUUAAUUAACCAA